AUGAUGACCGAAACGCAUAUAAACUCCAACCACAUGUUAAAUUCAGGUUUAGGCUCUAAGCCUGACCUCGAAAAAAUGGAUGAUGUUGGUUGGAAAGCGAAACUCAAAAUUCCUCCACAGGAUAAACGAAUUAAAACAAGUGAUGUUACAAACACACGUGGUAAUGAAUUUGAAGAGUUUUGUUUAAAACGUGAACUUUUGAUGGGUAUCUUUGAAAAAGGAUGGGAAAAACCAUCGCCAAUUCAGGAAGCCAGUAUUCCUAUUGCAUUGUCAGGUAAAGACAUUUUGGCACGUGCCAAAAAUGGAACAGGCAAAACUGGAGCAUAUUCAAUUCCUGUGUUAGAACAGGUUGAUCCAAAAAAAGACGUUAUUCAAGCUUUAGUAAUAGUACCAACCAGAGAGUUGGCAUUGCAGACAUCACAAAUCUGUAUUGAACUAGCCAAACAUAUGGACAUUAGGGUUAUGGUCACCACUGGUGGUACAAACUUGCGCGAAGAUAUCAUGAGGAUUUAUCAAAAAGUACAAGUAAUCAUCGCUACACCGGGAAGAAUUCUUGACCUUAUGGACAAAAAUGUUGCCAAUAUGGAUCACUGCAGAAUUUUAGUUUUGGACGAAGCUGAUAAGCUCCUUUCACAAGAUUUCAAAGGAAUGUUAGAUCAUGUAAUUUCUAGAUUACCUCUAGAACGACAAAUAUUAUUGUACUCAGCUACGUUUCCACUGACUGUAAAACAAUUUAUGGAAAAACAUUUAAGAGACCCUUAUGAGAUUAAUUUAAUGGAAGAACUAACAUUAAAAGGAGUAACACAAUAUUACGCUUUCGUCCAAGAACGGCAAAAAGUGCAUUGUCUCAACACGUUAUUUUCCAAGUUACAAAUAAACCAGAGCAUUAUUUUCUGCAACUCUACGCAACGUGUCGAAUUGUUGGCCAAAAAAAUAACAGAUUUGGGAUAUUGUUGUUACUAUAUUCAUGCUAAAAUGGCACAAGCACACAGAAAUCGCGUGUUCCAUGAUUUCCGCGCCGGGCUAUGCCGAAACUUGGUAAGCAGUGAUUUGUUUACACGUGGUAUCGACGUUCAAGCAGUAAACGUCGUAAUUAACUUUGAUUUUCCAAAAAUGGCUGAAACGUAUUUGCAUCGUAUUGGUCGUUCCGGUAGAUUCGGCCAUUUAGGUAUCGCUAUCAAUCUAAUCACUUACGAAGAUCGCUUUAAUCUUCACCGUAUCGAACAAGAGCUUGGAACAGAGAUAAAGCCAAUUCCCAAGGUGAUAGAUCCCAGUUUAUACGUUGCUAGACCAGAAGAUAAUACCAGUAUGGAAGAAGGUAAUGUGUCGAAGUAGUUUUAUCAAUCAUCAACAAAAAUAAGUGAUUUGUGACUCGUACAUAUGUGGCAUAUUGCCGGUUAUACUUCGAACACAUUGAAAUUGAACGUAAAACAUAGUGAUAAAUAAAAUAAUACAUAAGUCUAAUGAAGAAUAAGAUACUGCACGUAUUAAGCAGUAUAUAAUAAAUGAACAGUAACAGUGCUAAAUACAAAAAUCAAGAUUAAUAUUAUUAAAGUUCAAGUAACGAAAGGGAGGAAUAUUUGGAAAACACAUAGUUAUUAUGUCAGGAGAAAAAGUGUUACUUGUAGAUAAGGUAUACCGAGCAUAAAAAAAAAUCAUUAUACAUCGCGGUCGGUUUAAAACUCAUUGACUGAAGUGAGCGUCAGUGCCGGUGCGAGUCAUCUCUUGUAUAUAGAUACGUUUAAAUGUAAAUAUAUAAUUAUUAUUAAUAAUAAUCAGAGUCAAGCCAUCAUCAAGUGCACAACAUGUAGAAGGAAAAACAAAAACAUGCAAAUACACCAUCUCGUGAUUAGUUCAUCAUUGCAUUUUAUCGUGAGUGUAAAUAUAGCAUGAGAAAACAAAAAUAUCAUUUUAUUAGUAAAUUUUGAUACGAAAGGCCUCAAUACUUUUCACGUUCCUUCUACUUUUUGUUAUUUAAAAAAAAAAAUAUAUUAUAAAACAUACAAAGAAUUAAGCUGACUUCCAAUGGAAUAAAGCUUCUAUAGAGAAAAACAGUCUUCGUUCAUUUUGCGCGUUCGUAAUUAACGAACACAAAGAUGUUCCAAAAAUAUAUUUAUAUAUAUAUACAUUAUGCAAACUUUUUUUUUUUUUUUUUAAAAAAAUAUCGCGCAACAUUUACGAACGUUUGCGAAUAAUGUAUAGUUUGAUUGUGGCUUGAUUUUGCAAUCUCAAUUCUGUCAUUAAACAACUCUGAAAUUCAAAUCACAUUUUUCAAAAAAAAAAAAAAACAAAAAAUAAAAUAAACAAACGAGUAAUUUAGGUAUUAUUGAGAAUUUACCAUUCAAAAAAAAUUUUUUUUUUGUUUAAUGAAAUUUUUUCUUUUAUUUUUCAUCCAAAGAAUUGUACCAUUUUUUUUUUCUUAUUUAUCAAAUGAAUUUAUUGAUUAAAUUGGUUUGUAGUACUGUGAUUAAGAAUCAGGGGUUGUAAAAUUGACUAGUUUUAUACAAUUAUUUUUAUAACCACUUGGUUAAUGAGUUUCGUGAGACUUGGGGAUCUACACAUUCGCGAACAAUUUCACUAGACGAAAGAACAAAAAAAAAAACAAAAAUACAAAGGUCAAUGUUUUUUAAAUAACACAAAAGUACUUAAAAUUAUAAUGAAAUAUAAUAACAAAAAAAAAAAACGAAGAACAAUAUGAACAUUUAAUAUCUUUAAUGAAAAAAAACGGUGCUAAGAUUUACUAAGAUUUAACAAAAGUUAUAUUAAACGUUUAAACAUGGACUAUAAAAAUACUGUAUCAUUGACCGUCUGAUAUAGUUCGCUUUUUAAGUGAUAAAAACAUGAUAGUUGGUUCAUAAUAAUGUAACAAAAAAGAUAUUUUCAUAUACGAUCCUACGUCAUCACGAAUCGCAUUAACAUCACGUAUUUUUUUUGUAUAAUAAAUCGCGAAACGCAGAUGGAAAAUCCGUUCCAUUGUAAAUUUAAUGUGUAUAAAGUCUGAAAGUUGGACAGACUUCAGCCAUUAUUUGUAAUAUAGCGGGCCAACAAAACGAAUUAGCUUCGCGGUCGAAGCGUAUGUGAGGUGUGUUACAGCCGUGAUAAAAAUAUGAGAAUGAAAUUUAUAAAGAAACGGUUUAUCUUAUGAGCAACGAAUCUUUUAACUCAGAUUUCAUUUGAUGAAAUUGUUAAUAUUAUCAUGUGCACUUUGAUUGAAUAUCUAAUUACGUGAACCGUUGUCUCAGGAACAUACGGAUAAAUAAAUUAAAAAUAAAACAAAUAUGAUGUUAUUUUUGCAAGUUAAGCGUGCCUUGCAUUUGAAACAUCAUUAUUGUGAUGAAGUUUGCAAUCAUUUGUGCUUUAUGAAUGCAAUUUAAUUUUUGUAAUAUCUUAACUAUAUUGAAAAAAAAAAUGAAAAAAAAAACAAACCGUUUCAUGAAUGAUUUCAUGGAAUGAUCUCAGUAUGAAUGUGUGAUCAUGCUGUAAAGUCAUUGUAUGAAAGAGUGAUUGAAAAAUUGUUGUGCAAAAAUAUUGUACAUUCUAUGGAAAGUAUUCGUUGCUAUUGCGAGAAUAAAAAAUAAUAAAUAUAAAUGUCAGCAAUUCAUUGUCUGUCCAGACGACGAAUUGUAUGUUUGACAUUGUCUCGGUUUUAUAGUGAUAAAUUUAACUUUAAUCUAUGUUCUUCAAAGAAAAAAGAUUUUCAAGUACUACCAUCUACUAAUGUACGUCUCUCUCUCUCUUGUGUAGAGCAUCAAGUGUUGUAACUAUGAAAAAUUUUAGCAGUGGAAUUUCGUAUGCGACUUUCAGUUGAGCUUACUCUGACAAAAGAGUCUAACAAAAAGAAUAAAAAAAAAGCGUAGACUCGACUGACAAUAUUUUCCACUAUAAUGUACGACGAGAGAAGAAGAUAGAGAUAAAAUGAAAAGUAGGGGAAGGAGAGGACUGUACAAUUUAUUCUACUGGCUAAAAUUUAAUUAGAUAAUACAUUGAUACGAUAUGAAUAUCUCAUAUUGAGAGUAGAACGUACAAUGCGCAAUAAUAGCCGCGAACGAAAAUAAUAAGCUUAUUGUUUCCAUCAUUAAACAUGUAUGUUUGUUUAGAGUGUAUGUUGGUCUGAUUAGUUACAUUUUAAGUUGGUUUAUAUAAUAUUAUUAAAAAUAUCUGCGAUAACUGAAAAUCAGUCGAGAAAUUGACUCGACACAUUCGUAGUAUUUUUAUGAAAUGAAAUGAUAUAAGAAUUUCAAAAAUGCCUUACUAUACUGGCAUUUAAUUAAUUUCGAAGAGAUUGCAAGUGAGAAUAGUCAAGAUAUAAAACUUUAAAUCGCGAUAAAAUAGAGUGUAUAAAACCAGGAAUGUAAAUCGUUUUCCAAGUUUUGACUUUCUCGUUUGUGUUCUCUUGAGUGCACUUGACGAAAUAAAAGAGGUAAUUAUAUGCAAGCUCGUAAGUGCACGAUUAAAGAGUGUAAGAUCGUAAAAGCUAAAGAUUCAAGCGUAAUGAAUGACGCGAAAAGAAGAAUGAGAAGUGAGUGAAAAUCAGUGGAAGAGUAAAGAAUUACUCAAUUAAUAACAUCUAGAUUAGGCCUGAAAUAUCAUCCGCGCAUGCUCUUUCGUUCACUGGUAAAUGUAAACGAUCGAUUUGUAGAGUAGAAAAUAGGAGAAUGAACGAAUGAACGAACGAACAAAACUACCAAGUAUACUUUUCAAUGAAGGCAGAAGUGAAAAGCCUGAAAAUUUUUCUUCAGAGGUUUACCAAGCAAAUGCUUCUUUAUUUAUUUAUUCUUGUGUUUUUUUCUCCAUUUUCUCCUGUCUCUACAACUCGUACCGUCCGGUGAACGAAGGCGGAAAACAUUUAACCAGGAUUAGUGGUUUUUUCGGGCUCGUUUCAUGAAGCAUAUAUUUUUUUCUAUAAUUUUUUUUUUUUUUCGUUUAUUAUAAAAGCAGAGAUUGUAGCUCGCGAGGUGAGCUAACGUUCUAUGGCGAGGAAGAAUAAAUUUAUAACAUCUGUUAGAGAUUUAAAGAGUCUCAAAAUAAACAAUGUAUGAGAGAAUGACGAUCGUUUGAGAUGGAGGAAUGAUACGGGUCUUGAUGAAAAAUAGAAAAAUCCUUACGAAAAUAUUACUGAAAAUGUAUGCGCUAAUUGCUUCUCUUUUGUAACAUUUUCGUGAAGAUUUGCAAAAAAGGUAUGAUGGAUAUGAUGAAGAAGAUGAUGAUGAUGGUUGAAUGAACAAAAAAAAAUGCCAUUUAGGGCGUUGUCAACAUUGCGUUGAUCCUUCGUUCAUCGUGGUACGUUUUAUACAUUCUUAUAUAACACCGUGUUACCAAUAUAAAAGUUUGAUUCAGUGUCUGGGGCUUUUCCCCAAUCUGGUUCCAUCAUUUGUCAUGCAGAGCACGUACCACGGGGGUCACGGAAUCAUUAUAAUGAUUGUUUUUUAAGAUAAAAAAAAAAAGAAAAAAAACCGCAAAAUGAUAAAAAAAAAAAAACAAACAAAAAAAUAGUCCAUCGUAAAUACCAGAAAUUUUUGCGAUUCUGUACGAAAAAACAAACUCUACAGUUUUGUACUUGUCGAGUCUAUUUAUUUUCUUUUUCUUUCGUCGAGAUAUGCGCAAUUUUUGUUUCAUAAUGAGGUGUCUUCUGCAAAAUAAAUCAUGUAUAUUAAUAUGACAUUUGAAAAUCGUGAUUUGUGACUCUUGUGAGAUGAAAAAUUAUCAAUGUUACCGUUUCUCAUCUUUUGUUUUAAUUAUAUUAAUAAUAACAAAUUUUGAUUAAUUGUCAUUAUGUGACUGGUUACAGUGACAAAUGAUAAAUAUAUUCUAUCUGAAAUUGACUUA